AUGGUCAACGGUGCCGUCAAGGAAGACUGUUUCGCCGUGAAGGAUGCGAAAGAUGGCAAUUACUACCGUGCCAUGGUAGAGAAAUGGAAUUGGCUUCUCUUCCUGGAAGCCGGAGGUCUGGACGACGGCAAUACCUUUGAGAAGUUCUCGGCUCGGGAGUGGAAGAACGAUAUGGAUGGUAUCCAUCCUGAUGACGUUGAAGUGCUCUGGGAGUCUCUCAUGGACGAUCUGGCCGACUGGAUCAAGCAGGGAGAGCCACAUAAAGUGGUCAGACCUUCGGAGGAGAGCCCGAGAGGGAACUGA